AUGGCCUUUUUGCUCGGAUUUGAUAAUUUGAACUCGGGGGGUUUCACGCUGCUGAGUAAAUGCAGUGCAUCGUUCACAUUGCUGCGGAAUAGGACGUAUUGGGCAGAAGGAAGUAUUGCUGCCCAACAGAGAAUUUCAGCUUGGAGUAAAAGGUCUUAUGGAGCUAGCUGGGCGGAUAGCACACGGCAACCUAGGAUCUUGAUAUAUGGCGCGAUGCCGACUACACCGAGCAAGUCAAACCUGACGUACUGGAUCUUGCUAUUUCCCAUACUGCAGAGCGGCAUGAGAUGGACCCCGGGCCCGUUACUGCGGUACUCUCAGUCCCCAUCCCGGUCGAGUCAUGGCAAUGCCACUGUGCCUGGUUCCUCCAUUGCACAACAAUGGAAAAUUAGUCACUGUCCGUGCACCCGGGCGCGGACCCUCCUCCAUGAAGGUACCCUCUCAUAUGACGAGAUUGAUUCCCUCGCCGGUUUGGUCCUUGAUGUUACUUAUGUGUCUUAUCCCGUCUCUCACAUCGAUUCCCAGGUGACAUCCGUCCAUUCAUGUAUCUCUUCCCCAACUUAGUAGAUGUUCAUGUAUGUCCAUAUGGUAUUUUUGCGCUGCUUAUCCGUCGACACAAUGUUACACACGUCCGGAAUUUUGAUCAUU